AGGCUUGUAGAUAAACGUGGGUUAUGGACACUCUCUGCUACUCUUUAUUUUAUGCCAUCUUGAACCGAAUGUCACGAUGUAAACUGGCCUAAUGCGAACGGAGUGUAAUUUAUUAUUCUUGUUUUUCAUUCUCACGGAGAAUGAAGUAGUAGAAUUCGAGUGUAUCAGGUUAAAAGCACGGCAUUUAUGUAAAGACUUGACAAAACUUGAAUCCUUGCACAAGGAGAAGAAACUAAUACGUUGAACCUCGUCGUUCAUGAGAUCACAUUUGACACGAGAUUUUUCAAGGAAAUUAGGAAGAACAUGCCUAGAAGGCUAUGUGUAGUACGUGAUAUACAGAUUUACACACAAUUAAUAAGCAGGUGUACUACUUACUAAGGUCGAGUACGUUCUGCUUUGUCUUAAAUGUAUGCACAAGAAAUGAUUACUAGUAAACUGAAAGGAAACAAUGAGUGCAUAUUUGGGAACAGAGAAAUGUAAAAGAAUCAAGUAGAAAGAAAAAUAAACUGGUUUUUAUCAAGAAACGGCAUCAUGUAUAGUUUUGAAGGAGAUUACAGACGUAAGCCACAGCAAAAUCUCGCAGGGGCGAGCAGAAGGAGCGAAAAAACGGCGUUGCUACAACAUGCUCAAAAUGAACGAUCAAAACGAGAGCAACUCAGAAGGCAGCAUGAUGCAGCUGUCAAAGUACAAGCGCACGUGCGUAGUUUUCUAGUGAGAAAACUGGUACACCAGCAUGAAAGACAUAACUUUGAUACUGCGUACCAAUCUAUUGGUGGCAAGCUUAGGAAUUUACAGGAAUUAGUUCCUUUUAUUCGGAAGUUGAUGUUCUUUUACAAUCAGUCACGGGAUGGGAAUCGGCUAAUUUGGAUCUUUCAGCAUUUUUUGAAGAAUCAUGAAGAGAUUAAGCAGUCGACUACUCAUUCAACUAUCUGGUUUUGGAGGUUACGAUGGGUCCUUCGCUUGUGCAUGCAAUAUAGCAUUGGCAAGUCAUCUUCUGAAAGCACUCAUUCAUUGGCAAUACCUUUGAGGGUUUUGGAGGUUUUUACCAUGCGACAGGAAGUAGAGAAAAUUCUGAAAGAACAAACAGACAGAUACCUGGAAGAUGUAUACAUUUAUCUAGCAGCGAAUGGUUACUUCCAACAAAUUAAAUGCUUAGUAGAUGAGAAAGUACCUCCUAUGCUCGAGAGUACAUCAGUUCCUCCAACGCCAUUGGCAAAGUGCCUCCUAGACAUGAUGAAGCAACCAUUGGAUCUGAUUCAUCGCAUGGACUGUAACAGCGAGUACUCAGUGCUUAUCUUGCGUAAUUUCUGUGCAAGUGUGCUCUCGCCAAAGAUGUCUGAUUCUGUCAGAAUGUUCAUCCUUCCCGCUUUGUCAGAGCCAAAAGAUUUCCCUUAUGCCGAGCUGAUUGACUGCAUCGACAGGCUUGAUAUGGAACCUACGACAUACUUGCUAUACUCUGUUCUCUUACUAGAGCCUAUACAAUAUUCCUCUGGAGCCUGCAAGGAUUCUUUAAUAAAAUACCUCAGGGUGUUUGCGAAAUUGAGUUUUGCUAUCUCUCCACCCCACUUGGAAAAACCUACCGACAAUGGAGAGGACUCCGAUGGGGAUACCGACAUGGAAACCAUCGAUGAGGAAAAAUCCGAUGCACUAUCGGACUGUAUAGAAAUGAUAAAUGCUGAUCACCGAGUGCAGGGAAUCCUUUCUGUGGUGGAUCGAACAGAGGAUUCGGCCUUGCUACAGCCACUGUGCCAGAUCUGUCAUAACCUUCUCGUUGCCGACAAACUCGCCAUCCAUAAGUACAAGCUUCUCUACAUGUUGGCCUUUAAACCGAUCUUCCUAAGGAACCUGUGGAUGAUUCUGUUGUCGGUAAGACAAACUUCCCUCUUCGGCAGUGACACUCCGCUCCUUCAAGUGAUAUCCCGUGGAAUCGCCUUGUCGCCAGAAGACACCAAGAGGAUCGUUCCUCUUCUGGCGGUGUUUUGUUCAUUGUUCAGCCUUCUCAUUGCCACCCUGCAUGAUUCAGAAUUUUUCGUUGAGGAAGAAGAUAAGUGGGAGUGCCAGAAACAGCAGACGAUGCCAUUUACCACAUCGGUUCUAGUCUCGCUGUCGAGUCAUCUGAAAGGAGUAUGUCUAGGAUUAGUGGAGCUCGCAUUUCCAGACACCAGACCGACAGUGAGAGAUAAUUACAAGAAUGCAGUGCGUGGCGUAUCCUCAGUGGUAGCGAUGCAGACACAACGAUACACCCAAACUUGGGCUCAUUUGUUUAAAGUGACGGUGGGCCUGCUGCGUCAGUUGCACUCUCGUGAUCUGAGGAAACGUUAUUGCCCUGAAAACCACUGGAUAGCAUCGAACAUUGUGAUACCUUUGGACAAACCUCAGGAUUUCACCUUGCGCCGCAGGAGACUGAGAGGUUAUGUGCCGUUCCAAGGUUUGAGGGCUUUCACGAGAGAAGACUUGGAAGAGGGUCCGCCACUCUCAACAAAAGAAGUUAGGACACUGACUCUUCUUCGGGAGGUACCGUUUGUGGUACCAUUCAACGAUCGCGUCAUAGUGUUUCAAUCUCUGAUCUAUCGGGACAAGCUUGAGAAACAAGGCGAACUGACCAACUUCAUGCAGGGACCGUCGAUUGAAAUAGCUGUCAGAAGAAAUUAUCUCUACGAAGACGCCUUUGAGAAAUUGGCGCCCGAGAACGAAUCAGAGUUGAGGUUAAAAAUGCGCGUGCAAUUGGUGAAUGCGGCUGGCUUGAACGAGGCUGGAGUCGAUGGAGGAGGUCUCUUCAGGGAAUUUCUGUCGGAAUUGCUCAAGACAAGCUUCGACCCCAACCGAGGCUUCUUUCGGCUCACCAGAGACAAUAUGCUCUAUCCCAACCCUACGGUUCACCUCCUGGUGGAGGAUUUUCCGAAACAUUACUACUUCAUCGGCAGGAUCCUAGGAAAGGCUUUGUAUGAGAAUUUACUUGUCGAACUGCCCUUCGCUGAGUUCUUCCUCUCAAAGAUCGUUGGUAGACAGGCCAAUGUUGACGUGCAUCAUCUUGACUCGCUGGAUCCGAUAAUGUAUAGAAAUCUUCUCUACCUGAAGAGUUACAAAGGUGACGUGACUGAUCUGGGAUUGGACUUUACAGUGCUAUCAGAUGAACUUGGUGAAAGGAGAGUGGACGAGUUAAAACCCAGCGGGGCUAAUAUUCCAGUGACAAAUCAUAACCGUAUCGAGUACAUCCACUUGAUGGCUGAUUAUAAACUGAAUAAACAGAUCAGAACGCAGUGUUAUGCAUUCAGGCAAGGGAUUGGUAAUGUAGUGCCUCUUGACUGGCUGCAAAUGUUCAACAACAAGGAGCUGCAAGUACUGAUCUCCGGGGCGCAAAUUCCUGUGGACGUUAACGAUCUCAAACAGCAUACUAAUUAUACCGGAGGGUAUACUCUAGAGCAUCCUACCAUCGCUGCAUUCUGGAAGGUUGUUGAAGAGUUUGACGACACCCAGAAAGGCCAACUACUUAAGUUCGUCACGAGUUGCAGUCGACCACCUUUACUUGGAUUCAAGGAACUUGAUCCUCCGUUCUGUAUCCAGCAUGUGGACAGUAGCGAUCGGUUACCAACUUCUAGCACUUGCAUGAACUUACUGAAACUGCCUGAGUUUCCUGACGAGAAGACACUACGUGAGAAACUUCUUUACGCAAUCCAAGCUGGUGCUGGAUUCGAACUUAGUUAGACAGUUUGUAAUUACCUGAGACCCGUGAUCACGGACAAGACUCAAAUCUCGAGAGAAAAAGAUUGAGUAUUUGCACUCUAAAGAAUAUUGGCUCGAGCGAUCUUCAAAUUGCUGUGUCGUGGUAAGGAAAGUAACAUUUCAGAUAUUUUUAAAUAUUUUCCCUUAAGUGUUGUCCGGCACUGCGGUCGACUCUAAGGUUUACGUUACCCAACAAUUUGAUAUGUGAAUAACGUAACAAUGUGUAUAUUAAAGUUUGGUGAGAAAAAAAAUCUAUGCCAAGAGUUAGUGCUGAAACUUGAAAGGUUAUUAAACGAGGCAGUAUGGUUGAAAUGUUUCAGCGGCCUAUUCAAGCUGUAGGUACUUUUCGUUUUCGCAUAUUAGACAUUUUUUCUACGAACUAAUGUAGAAUUUGAUGCAUCAAAUUCUCUUAGAGUAAUCGGUUCUCGAUUACUGGUACAAAAGUACGUGAAAUUCUUCUACCUUUCGUGGCAGUUUAUUUUGGAAGUCGCGUCAUCUUAGUGACGAAUCGUGUUCAUUGUAUGUACAAUAAAAUAGCACGAAUUGGGAUCGCAGGCUCGACUUCACCGAUGCUACUUUACAAGGAAAUAGAUCUAACAUUUCUACUGGAUCACCCUGAGACAAGUGUUGCAUAACUUCACUUUGAUCACUUGAAAGCGUAAAUUAGAUCAUCCCUGUAACCUAUUAUAUUUAUGUUUUCUAGUUAACUGUAUAUUACGUGACAUUUACGUGAGUGUAACAAUAAAGAGUGAACAGUUGGCAAGGCCAACUCGGAUUGAAUCUACGAGUUAGGUCAGAUCGGUACAGAUAUAAGAGUUAGGAAGUACAGAUACAUUUAAGAGUACUCGUUAGGACUUAAAUUAAGUAUUUUUGAAUUAUUGGGUAUAUCAGUGAAAUGAAGAAAUCAGAAAAGGAAAAACCAGUUAUUAACACGGUCAAGAAGGCGAACAAUACUGUAUCGAGGGGCCAAUUAUUUAAACAGCGUACACAUACACACAUACCAGUAGUGGCACUAACUGCGAGUGUUGUUUGUUAAGAGUUAACCAUACCGUUCGAUAUACUAUACACAGUCAUAUAUAUUUUUGUUGCAACUUUUUAUCUCUUGAACUGGUCUGUAAAUGAUGUACAUUCUUAUGUUUUAUAUUUACCACACAUUUGUGUAUAUUGAAUGUGCACACUGUAAGAGGUGUAUACGUUAAGUGUAUCUGCAUAGGCGUUCUAUUGAUGUAAAUAAAUCCAUUUCCGCAUUAGGGAUAUCUUAGA